AAUUUGGAUGUAGUCAAUAUGUCGAACAUGGGUACCAACCGAUAAUAAAUUAGAAAAGUAAUACAAUGUGUUCACGGAUUCCAUUCUAACAUCAUGUAUAAGCCGUAAAUAUUGUUCCAAACUUUAAUACGCUAGAGUAGUAGGAAUGGUAAACAAACAGAAAAUUGUCCAGCAAAGUAUGCUCUUUUAGUUGCGUCGAUAUCCGGCGGAUAUUAGUCGUCAGCCAUUUUGCUAGCGAUAUUUCGGCGCUCGGCCAUUUUUGUUGCGUCGACGUCAAGUGUGGCCAGAGGCCUUUCGUCGUAGCCAGUAUUCGAAUUUCCUUUGUAUCGAAUUAUCGACAGGCAGAAACUGUAAUACUAAAUACUUGACUUAGUCGACAAGUUUCGUUUUUAGCUCAUCAAGAAACGAAAGGAAAGAAAAAAGGAACGAACAAUUGAAAUUUUUUGCUUAGUGAUUACCUAGGUGAGAAAUAGCUAAAGAGCUUCUGCGGCAGAGCCACGAAAAAUACGCACCGAGGCGGAGUAAUAUGAGUAAUGCAGCCAACCAGAAUGGAUCAGGUCUAGAGCAGCAGUUAGCUGGUCUGGACUUGCAGGGCUCCCGCCAACCAAGUGGGGGUCGCUACGUAGCACCGCAUUUGCGAAAUAAAUCUGGAAGUAACGCGCCUUCUGGCGGUGAUCACCAUUUUUCUUCCAACUCAAGACCAUAUUCCGAUAGAGAUAGAGGAAGAGAUCGCGAUCGUGAAAGGGAAAGGGAUAGAGAUCGUGAUAGGGGAAGAGGUGGUUCAGCCUACAGAGAUACACGCUCCCGUGACGUCGACUUUGGAAAUUUCGGGAAUUUUGGUGGGCGCAACAGACGUAGUGUCAAUCAAGAAAAUGGAAGAGAUUAUAGAUACGCCAAUUCUGACCGUGACCGAGAGCGAGAGCGGGAUCGCCAAAUUAAUUCUGGAAAUGAUCGUUGGCAGGAACAACCUAGAAAUGAUCGCUGGCAAGAGAGCAGAAACGAUCACAGAAUGGGCGGCGGUAGAUGGAAGGACGAUAGAGAGGGAGGUAGAACAAACUCUGAAAUCGACUGGACAAUUCCCACUUCCAGAGAUGAGCGAUUGGAGGUGGAGUUAUUUGGUAGUGGCAAUACUGGCAUUAACUUUAGUAAAUAUGAGGAUAUCCCGGUUGAGGCUACUGGGGAUAACAUACCUCCACACAUCACAUCUUUUGACGAAGUUAAGCUGACGGAGAUAAUAAAGAAUAGCAUUACUUUGGCUGGUUAUGAUAAACCCACGCCAGUACAGAAAUAUGCGAUACCGAUUAUUAUCGGGCGCCGUGAUGUUAUGGCCUGUGCCCAAACGGGGUCUGGUAAAACAGCGGCCUUUUUAGUGCCAAUAUUAAAUCAGAUUUAUGAAAGCGGGCCACGUGCACCUCCAGCCAACACUUCUGGAAAGCGUAAACAUUUCCCUCUUGGUCUAGUACUAGCACCUACAAGAGAGCUUGCUACGCAAAUAUAUGAUGAGGCGAGGAAAUUCGCAUAUAGAUCACGCAUGCGUCCUGCUGUUGUUUAUGGUGGUUCGAACAUUGUAGAUCAAAUGCGAGAAUUAGAUCGUGGUUGUCAUCUUCUUGUUGCAACACCUGGUCGCCUUGUAGAUAUGUUAGGGCGAGGUAAAAUUGGGUUGCAUAAUUGCCGAUAUUUAGUAUUGGACGAAGCAGAUCGUAUGUUGGAUAUGGGUUUCGAGCCACAAAUAAGACGUAUAGUCCAGGAGGACACAAUGCCUCCUACCGGGGAAAGGCAGACACUUAUGUUUUCAGCUACGUUUCCGAAAGAAAUUCAAAUGUUAGCAAGAGACUUCCUCAGUAACUAUAUCUUUUUAGCUGUAGGCCGUGUUGGUUCUACAUCUGAAAAUAUUACUCAGAAAAUCGUAUGGGUGGAAGAACAUGAUAAGCGUUCUUAUUUGCUUGACCUUCUUGAAGCUGGCAACUUCUCAGAUUCUUCUGCUGAGUCAUUGAGUCUAAUAUUUGUGGAAACAAAGAAAGGUGCGGAUAUGUUGGAGGAAUAUUUACAUCAAAUGGGAUAUCCGGUGACUAGCAUUCAUGGUGAUCGGACACAACGUGAACGAGAAGAAGCUUUGCGUCGCUUCCGAGCUGGUAAAGCGCCAAUACUUGUUGCUACCGCUGUUGCUGCCCGUGGGCUUGAUAUUCCACACGUGAAGCACGUAAUCAACUUCGAUUUGCCGGGAGACGUUGAAGAAUACGUUCAUCGAAUUGGCCGUACUGGUCGUAUGGGAAAUUUAGGUUUAGCAACGUCGUUCUUCAACAGCAAGAAUAUUAACUUGGUGCGCGAUUUGGUAUCUCUUCUAAUUGAAGCUAAUCAGGAACUACCUCCUUGGUUAGACGAUAUGUUCUCUGAAGCAAGAUACUCUGGAGGUGGAUCUCGACGGCCUGGGAGUACUAAAGGCCGAUUUAGCGGCGGGUUUGGUGCUAGAGAUUAUCGUCAAACACCAAGUUCCGGAUCUGCCCGUAAUAAUGGUUCCUCCAAUAGGCCUGGCAGUUAUGGAGGAAGUUAUGGCAAUUACGGAGGUAACUAUAACAGCCCGUAUAAUAGUUCUGCUAACAAUGUCAGCGGUAAUGAUUCUGAUUGGUGGGACAAGUAAAUAUCAUUAUCGCCAUUUCUAUUUUCACUUUUACCAUUAUUACUAUCUGUACACGUAAAUUCAAAUAUAUGUAAGAAAGACACGUACGACAUACACAUCGGGUACAACACGCACGUAUUUGCGCGCGUAUACGUAUACACAAGAAAAGACAGUAUCACGUAUAAAAAAAAUCACAUUCGCUGACUGCCUGUGCACUACAAUUUUCAAACUAAAAGGAAAAAAAAUAAUUGUGUUUAUUCAAUUCCAUAAAUACUUUUAUUCGCGUGCGACGAGACACGAUUGACAAAUCCAUAAUGCAAUCUUCAGCAUUAAGAACUGUGAAAGGGAUUCAUCGUACGAUAGAUACAGAGAUGAUGAAUUCAUUUUGAAGGGAAAGAGUUAUCAGGAUUUGUCAUCAGCCAUUGGAGAGAAAUGUAGGGGAUCCAUCCAAAGUUUCGUUGCCGUGCGUGUUGAACAACACACAAAUAGUAUAUUGAUUAAUGAAUCAAAUCGAGCAGUCGUUAAUGCCUAGCUACGGUAUAACGAUGUGAAGCGUAGUAGGUGAAGAAACUUAGUGAAAUUUUUUAGAACUCCUGUCGAGACUAUGGGGCUCAUUGUGGCUUCAUUAUUAAAAUUUUUGAAGGACGUGGUGGGCGUAUCUUCGAGAAUCGUGUGGCGUCUAGAUUCGUAUAAUCAUAGAGCUUUAAAUGCACAAGUGCUUUAUUAUUCUCGCCUGAAUGGCCAGUACCUUGUGUAAUUUAAUUUAAUACCAGUGGCGCCAUUUUCCUCCUUACUUCGUUUUUAACGCAUCUAUAUUUGACUAGGCGCCUACGAUACGCCAUAUCGCCAUCGCCAUAGGUUUCGUCACGAUUCCUGUUUUAAAUUUACUAUAGUCCAGCGACGAAUGGUACUUUGUUGUUUUGCCGUCCCCAGACACAGACGACGUUGCGCCGGCGAUAUCAUGGUUUAAUCGGCUAUAUCGCGUUAAGUGUUCAGUAGUCGAGAGCUUCGAUGUUAUGAAAAGGACACACAGGCUACGUCUUAAGGUACUUUUAGAAAUCUCGUUUAUAUUUCUGUCACGUCCUGUUAAUAUAUAAGUAAGUUUAAAAAGUCUGAUGCUGUAAACUUCUUGCUUCUGUAACUCUUUCAAUCCAAAGAGUUAUUUUAUUUAAAAGUUGGGUCAUUGUGUUUAGAGUAGGCUGAACAUUUUCAGCAAACGUCAGGUAUAUUUGUACCUGAAUUUUAACGUACUCUGAUCAGAAUUUCUAAACGUAACAAAGACGUUGUCCUGUAAAAUUGGUACGGUGGUCAAAAUCAUAGAUCGCAAUACUGAAUGCGAGUGCUCUAGAACGAGAAAGCUUACACACACACACACACACACGCGCGCGCGCGCGCGCACGCACGCACGCACACACACAGAGAAAAAAAAGAGAAAAAAAAAAGAAAUAAAGAUAAAAAGAAGACAAAAAAGAAAAAACGGGUAAAAAAAUAUACGGUUGCAGUUACAGAAGGGAACUUCAAAAGAGAUAAGAACAAAGAGCAAAAAUGCAUUACGUUGUUUGCUGGCUCAACCUUACAAGACAAAAGGGGGUAAAAAAAGAAGAAAAAUAUACAAAAAGCAGGCCCUCUGAAAAUAAGGAUGCAUAAAGGCGCACUCAUAUUUUAUAACCGUAUUUAUCAGUACGCUAUAUAUAUAUAUACAUAUAUAUAUAUACAUACUAAGUAAUAUUCGUAAAUACAUAAAACAUUAAAAUAAUUGAAAAACGACUGUGAUACCGAACGAUCUUGUGACAUUCAAUUUCCAUGCGAAUUGAUAAAUGAACAAUUUAACGAAAUACAAAUAUUAAAUGUAUUAAUUAAUCGGCAUUGAAUGUCCGGAAAGCAUGAGCUCAGUUGUUUGAGCAGAGGAUGGAAAUAUUAAGUCGUUAAAAGUGAAUAGAACAUCAAGAACAACGUGGCUGUUGUCCGAUCGGGGAGGGCUGAACGCUAGCCUCUUACAGUCCUAAAAACACGUUUUUGGGGCAUUGUUUCUACUUAAAAUAAACGCGCAUUAAUAAUAGAUAAUAACGGCGGAACGCGUCAUUACUGAUUGAUGAUGUUGGUAGGGCUUUAUAGAAUGUCGAUAUCUUUUGUGCAAACAUGUCGGAUUCUUACCUAAUCUAUGUGAGAAAAAGUACAAAUUCAAUUUGUGUGACAACUGACAGGAUUUUUAGACAUGUCAUACUUAUACCUGUUAUAUUAAUAGAUUUAUAGUGCAAUCGCGUGCGUGAAUCGUAUGCCGUGUGACAGUGGACCAAGGUGUGAAUGCCUCUUUGACCGGGAAUAAUUAUUUCAACUAGAACUUUCAAAUAGUGUUAUACGAAUAAUAUUGUUGGCUUCCGACCAUGAUUGAUGCGUGUGGUUUCAAAUUCUAAUAUGAUUGAUUUAUCGUCGAGUCCGUUUAUCAACUCGGAGGCCCUGCCAAGAACAUUACAAGAAGAAUUCACAACGAAAAGUGAUCGGUCACUUUUCUGUUAAUAUAGUGUACAAUUUUACGGCACAAUUGUUCAGUUAGACCUUAGUCUAUUUAAGAGAUAGUAGAUCAUGCCGUAAUAUUACUAUUACUAUUAUCACUAGUACCACUAUCGCUAUUGUUCGUAUUAUUAUUAUUAUUAUUAUUAUUAUUAUUAUUAUUAUUAUUACUAUUAUUAUUAUUAUUAUUA